AUGUGCUUAAACGUAAGGUCGGCAAGCACGGCUAGAAAAGAAGACGGUGUGGUACAGGAGGAAGGAACAACCGAAGGAGUGACUGGCUGGAUUAUACAGAAUCAAGACUGGCUUGAGAGAACGACGAAGGGCGAGGCGAGGCACAUAGGCAUGCACACAGGAAGCCCGAGACCAGAGAUGGUGAAAGGUAAUGUAGUGGUGUUGAGUUUGGCCGACGACGAGGAGGGACAGAGGGGACAGGCAGAAGUCACGGAUUCGAGGGUGGGCAGUGGUUUUUAG